GGGGCGAGAUUCGGGCCGGUUGUGCCGUUGCGAGGCUGCAGCUGCGAUCUCUGCGGUGGGCCCAGAAUUGUAUGCUGACUUUGUAAAUCAGAGAAGCCAGUGGCACUGUCAGUAUUCUGAGGGAGUGUCUGCUUGGGAUUUGGUGUAUAAUUGAAAAGUGACCCUCUCUUCAGAGAUGUCAAAAACAAACAAAUCCAAGUCUGGUUCUCGCUCUUCUCGAUCAAGAUCUGCAUCAAGAUCUCGUUCUCGUUCAUUUUCAAAGUCUCGGUCCCGAAGUCGAUCAGUCUCUCGUUCAAGGAAGCGCAGGCUGAGUUCUAGGUCUCGUUCCAGAUCUUAUUCUCCUGCUCAUAACAGAGAGAGAAAUCACCCAAGAGUGUAUCAGAAUCGAGACUUCCGAGGUCACAACAGAGGCUAUCGAAGGCCCUACUAUUUUCGUGGGCGCAACAGAGGCUUUUAUCCAUGGGGCCAGUAUAAUAGAGGCGGCUAUGGAAACUACCGUUCAAAUUGGCAGAAUUACCGGCAAGCAUAUAGUCCGCGUCGGGGCCGCUCCCGAUCCCGGUCCCCAAAGAGAAGGUCCCCUUCACCAAGAUCCAGGAGCCAUUCUAGGAACUCUGAUAAGUCUUCCUCGGACAGAUCCAGGCGCUCUUCAUCUUCGCGUUCUUCCUCCAACCACAGCCGAGUUGAAUCUUCUAAGCGCAAGUCUACAAAAGAGAAAAAGUCCUCUUCCAAGGAUAGCCGGCCGUCUCAGGUUACGGGAGAUAACCAGGGAGAUGAAGCCAAGGAGCAGGCAUUCGCUGGAGGCACCUCUCAAGACACAAAAGCAUCUGAGAGCUCGAAGUCAUGGCCAGAUGCCACCACGUACAGUGCUAGUUCUGCAUCACGGGCUUCAGCAGCUUCUGAGUUGAGUCCCCGGGAGCGAAGCCCUGCUCUUAAAAGCCCUCUCCAGUCUGUAGUGGUGAGGCGGCGGUCACCUCGUCCUAGCCCUGUGCCAAAACCUAGCCCUCCACUUUCCAGCACAUCCCAGAUGGGUUCAACUCUGCAAAGUGGUGCUGGGUACCAGGCUGGGACACACCAAGGUCAGUUUGACCAUGGCUCUGGGUCCUUGAGUCCAUCCAAAAAGAGCCCUGUGGGUAAGAGUCCACCAACCACUGGCUCCACGUAUGGCUCAUCUCAGAAGGAGGAGGCUGCUGCUCCAGGAGGAGCAACCUAUACGAAGAGGUACCUAGAAGAGCAGAAAGGAGAGAAUGGAAAAGAUAAGGAGCAGAAACAAACAAAUACCGAUAAAGAGAAAAUGAAAGAGAAAGGGAGCUUUUCUGACACAGGCAUGGGUGAUGCAAAAAUGAAAUCUGAUCCUUUUGCUCCCAAAACUGAUAGUGAGAAGCCUUUUCGAGGUAGCCAGUCUCCUAAAAGAUAUAAACUCCGAGAUGACUUUGAGAAGAAGAUGUCUGACUUCCACAAGGAAGAUAUGGAUGAGCAAGAUAAAGACAAAGCUAAGGGAAGGAAGGAGUCUGAGUUUGAUGAUGAACCCAAAUUUAUGUCGAAAGUUAUAGGUGCAAAUAAAAACCAGGAGGAAGAGAAGUCAGGCAAGUGGGAGGGCCUGGUAUAUGCACCUUCAGGGAAGGAGAAGCAGAGGAAAACAGAGGAGUUGGAGGAGGAGUCUUUCUCCGAGAGAUCCAAAAAGGAGGAUCGGGGAGGGUCCAAGAGAACCGAAAGUGGGCACAGGGGUUUCGUGCCUGAAAAGAAUUUCCGAGUGACUGCUUACAAAGCAGUCCAGGAGAAAAGCUCAUCACCUCCUCCAAGGAAGACCUCUGAGAGCCGAGAGAAACUGUCAGCCAAAGGAGACUUUUCCACUGGGAAGUCCUCCUUUUCCAUUACUCGAGAGGCACAGGUCAAUGUCCGGAUGGACUCUUUUGAUGAGGACCUUGCAAGACCCAGUGGCUUAUUGGCUCAGGAACGCAAACUUUGUCGUGAUCUAGUCCAUAGCAACAAAAAGGAACAGGAAUUUCGCUCCAUCUUCCAACACAUACAGUCAGCUCAGUCUCAGCGGAGCCCCUCAGAACUGUUUGCCCAGCAUAUUGUGACCAUUGUUCAUCACGUUAAAGAACAUCACUUUGGGUCCUCAGGAAUGACAUUGCACGAACGCUUUACUAAAUACCUAAAGAGAGGAACUGAGCAGGAAGCAGCUAAGAACAAGAAAAGCCCAGAGAUACACAGGAGGAUAGACAUUUCCCCCAGUACAUUCAGAAAACAUGGUUUGGCUCAUGACGAAAUGAAAAGUCCCCGGGAACCAGGCUACAAGGCUGAGGGAAAGUACAAAGAUGAUCCUGUUGAUCUCCGACUUGAUAUCGAACGUCGUAAAAAACAUAAGGAGAGAGAUCUUAAACGAGGUAAAUCAAGAGAAUCAGUGGAUUCCCGAGACUCAAGUCACUCAAGGGAAAGAUCUGCUGAGAAAACAGAGAAAACUCAUAAAGGAUCAAAGAAGCAGAAGAAGCACCGGAGAGCACGAGACCGGUCUAGGUCAUCAUCCUCUUCCUCCCAGUCAUCCCACUCCUACAAAGCAGAAGAAUAUACUGAAGAGACUGAGGAAAGAGAGGAGAGCACGACGGGCUUUGACAAAUCAAGACUUGGGACCAAAGACUUUGUGGGUCCAAGUGAAAGAGGAGGCAGAACUCGGGGGACCUUCCAGUUUCGAGCCAGAGGGAGAGGCUGGGGCAGAGGCAGCUACUCUGGUAACAACAACAGCAGCAGCAACAAUGACUUUCAGAAGAGAAACCGGGAGGAGGAAUGGGAUCCUGAGUAUACACCUAAGAGCAAGAAGUAUUACUUGCAUGAUGACCGCGAAGGUGAAGGAAGUGAGAAGUGGGUGAGCCGGGGCCGGGGCCGAGGAGCCUUUCCCCGGGGUCGGGGCCGGUUCAUGUUCCGGAAGUCCAGCACCAGUCCCAAGUGGGCCCAUGACAAAUUCAGUGGGGAAGAAGGGGAGAUUGAAGACGACGAGAGUGGGACAGAGAACCGAGAAGAAAAGGACAAUUUACAGCCCACAACUGAGUAGGGUCCAUUCUAAUGGGAGCCCCUACCCAGGAGGGAGAGGCGCUGGGAAGAUGGCUGAUGAGGAGCUACACAGGAGCCUCAAGAAAAUUGUGAAAAUCCUAUCCCUACUCCCCAGCAGCCAUGCAGAAUUCUAUCAUGAAAGCAACAUCCCUGGCACUGUGUCCCAUUGGAUAGGGGUGGCUGGCGGUGGUCAGACCCAGCUCUUGAGCAGAAUACAACAUAUUGGGCUCUCGCUGUUUCUUGUUUGUUGUUGGUGUGUGGGGUGGGGGCUGGGUAGGGAGGGGAGAGCAAUACUUGGGUUUUGGUUUGUUCCCUAUUAGAAACCAACAGUUUUUGUUCUUAAAUUUCAUUUGGAGCUAUAAGGACUAAUUUGAUGAUUUUCAGUCUCUUCUCCCUUUUCCUGAUUUUAAAAGUCCUUCCCCCCCGCCCUUUUUAGGCAUUUGUAGUAACAUUAGCAGAAAGAUUUAAUUUGAGCAACUUUGAUUCUUAAAACAAAAAGCAUGUGAAUAAACAUUGAAGUGUUCACCUCAGUUUGGGACCAAACUGCUUGGAUCUUUGUAAAAAUCGGUUUUGUAUGUCGAGGAGUUCAGGGCCUUUCUGACCACCUUGUGUUACCCUUCUCUGCACAGCCAUGUGUCUGUCGCACAUGGUGUUACUCCUAACCACACACCAUGUGUACACCCCUCCCUCCUCAAUAUUUCUGAUUUCUUCUGGGCUGGGCUUCCCAUUCUCCACCAGCAACUUCAGUAUCCCAAACUUUCUAGUCCUGCUGAUCCUGAGCUCAACAGGGGUGGAAACUGGAUGGCAGUUUCUGGUCAGUUUUCUAAGAAACUUCUGAAUUCUAUUAUCUUUACAAAUAUAAGAUGAGAAAAUAAUUUUUUCAAUAUUUUUUAUUAAUCUUUUUAUAAAAUGAAAAGAAACUCCUAUGAUUGAUUAAGGAAGGUGGUUAUGGCUGGGUGGUUUUUGGGUUUUUCUUUUUUCCUUUUUUAACCUUAAGCUUUAAGUUGAAACAUUCUCAGAUGUUUGGGGGGAAAAACAUCCUCUUAAAAUUGGUCCUUGAGCUUGCCUUCUGGGGAGGCGGUCCUGAGCAGGUGAAUCAUAAGGCAUUUAUGCAUAUGUUAUAUGCGGACUGCACCCACUUCAGCUCCCCCCCCCCACCUAUGCCUCUUGGGUUGUUGUGCUACUUCCCCUUACUUUGCUACAUUUCUAUAGUUAAGUUGGUUUUACUUGAAUGAUUCAUGUUUAGGGGGGGAAAUUAAAACACCCUUAAAAUUUGUUUCAACUCCUCCUGCAAAUAAAAAAAAAUAAAUGAAGUGGCAGAUGUAAA